AUGGAGGAAGAUGGAUUCUUAGAAGUGGAUUUAGAAAUCAAGGAAACCAAGAACCAAGAUGAAGAAGUAGUACUGCUACAUGUCAAGGAGAAAGAAAAGGUUCCUAAACCAGUCAUCAAAAUCCCUUACCCUACGAGACAGAAGAAGAAAGAUCAACAUGAAAAACUUUUUAAAAGGUUCUUGGAAAUGUUCAAAAAGCUUGAAAUAAAUAUUCCAUUUUCUGAGGGGCUAGAACAAAUGCCAAUAUAUGCCAAGUUCAUGAAAGACAUCAUCUCCAAAAAGCAUUCCACUGAUAUAGACCCGAUCAUCCUGACUAAAACAUGUAGUGUCAUUCUUAAAGGAAGGAAAAUCCUAGUGAAAAAUAAAGAUAGGGGGUCGGAUACUAUUCCUUGCACUAUUGGUGAUAGAAAAUUCAAGAAGGAUCUGAUUGACUUGGGAGCAAGUGUGAGUUUGAUGCCACUAUCCAUCUACAAGAAAUUAGGCAUUGGCACCGUUCAAGAUACUUGGAUGAUGCUUCAGUUUGUUGAUCACUCUGUUAGGAGACCAUAG